GUCUUAUCUCCACGCACUUAACGCGUAAAGACGAAUGUGUAAGUAACUUGGACAUUAAAAAUUGAUCGAAUGUUUUGCAUCUCCUCUAUCCCUUAUUCUCUAUGCGUAUCUGUUUAUCUAAAUACCACUAAUUGACGGGUUAAGCAUUGGUUUGGCCCUAUUUCCAACUAGGAACGGCUGUGGAUAGAGGCUCAUAUAACGGACGUAAGACCGCGGGUUAACGAUUACCUAGGUACUAGUUGGAAGGCGAUCAGUCUUGGGUAACGUCACCUAAACUCCGAAGUGUCUCGCUACCGGUAGGUCGGGACACUGAGACUGCAGUGAAGCAUGCCGGGCCAACAGCAGCCUACUGAACGCCCAGCGAGCCCUCCCCGACGCCAACGGGCAUGUGCUCCUUGCACCAAAGCAAAGGCCCGUUGCCACUUCGAGGACAACAGGGCCGACAAUGGAUGUGAUAGAUGUCGACGAAUGAACAUUUCUUGUACUCCCCAAACAACUAAGAGUCUAAGAAGACCACGACAAGUGAAACCUGCAACUGUCGUCGUGCCUGAGAACAGUGUCCCAGAGGACCAACCCACCUUUCGACAGCCUAACUAUGGCCAUGUCUUACUGGGGGCUGGCCCAUAUGGGAUGGUACAUAACGCAUCCGAUGAAAGUACCAGGUCUUCUCCAACUUCUCCAGUAGCAGCGGAGGGUCCCCAGAGUAACUUAACUACUAUCUUCAUCAAAGAUGGCGUCCGACAUAGCCUAAGACGGGGAGACCCUUUUCUCCUCAAUGAGGCACGCUCGCCUCCGCCUGUUAGAAGGCCACAGCAACCUGGAUUCGGGAUAACGUGGAACCAAGCCGAACAAGCGGUAUCCGAUUUCAAAACCAAAUAUACGCCUUUCUUCCCGUUCGUUAUUCUCGGUGCCGAUAUCUCGGCCCAGGACCUCCUAACCCAGAAGCCCCUUCUGUUUAGGGCUAUCCUAUUGACGGCGGCUCAGCUUACCCUUGCGAAGCAAAGGGAAAUCAAGAAGAGCAUACUCGCUUACAUAGGACAGCAUCUGUUGGUGUUAGAGAAGCGAGACCUGGGUUUACUCCAGGGCUUGCUGGUUUUCAUAGCAUGGGGUGGACAUGAUUUCUUCUUCGACCAGAAGAUCACUUACUUAACCUAUCUGACGAUGGGAUACGCCCAUAAUCUUGCCAUCACGCGGCCUCCCCCAACUAUGCAACAAAAGAUGAUGGUCGCUGUGAAUCCAAAGGAUGCAAGGGAAGCCCUGAUAGGACAUGAGUUGACCACAGUCCUAGAGGAAUCGCAUACCCCCGAAGAACAGCGAGCUUUUCUGGGGUGCCAAUACCUUCUUUCGGUCAACUCUGCACAAUUCGGCAGGGACGGCGUGUUAAAAGGGGAAUAUGUGAACCGUUGUCUGAACUCACUCAUCCGUCCGACGGAUUUCAAUGCAGACUUCGAUAGGGACUUCAAUUUGGAGAAGAUGAUCAGAUUCCAGCAGAUCGUAGAACAGAUAUCGGAAAGAUGGCCCUCACCAUCUAUGACGACGGAUGGCGCUCCUAAAGUGUUCACAACUGCUAUGAGCGACGAGAUGCAGUUAAUUCGGAAUCGACUCGACCAGUUAUUCACAAAUAUGGCCCGUGAACAUCGACAGUUUGUCAUGUUCUGGUCACUGCAUAAUUAUAUCUUAGUCCGACUAUACCUACCAGCAUCCAACCACUCCCGACCAACCGACGAAAUAGCAGCGCAGCACCAACGGCAAUGCAUGCUCUACUGCCUACAAGCCGCGCGAUCAUUCCUAGCAGCCUACCUCUCGAUGAGUCCAGAAGCCUUCCUAUCACGCACCUUCACCUCCUUCUCCGAGGCCCUCUUCGUUCUCGUAGCUACUUCACGACUCCUACUAGUAGACAUCGAAGGAUGGGAUCUCGACGAAGCACGCCGUCUACUAGACUUCCCAACGACAUUAGAAAAUCUAGCCGCGACCCUACGAAGCGCUAUCACGUUACGCAACCAGAAAGCGACCGAGGCAGCGGCUAUAUACGGCACAAGCCUAACGCCGGAUACCUCCGAAGACGAGAAGAACGAUCGUUUUUACACGUACUCGACGAAGGUGGAGUGGAUUAAGAAUUGGUUCGAGACUCAGCUACAAGGCGGACCAGGGAAUCUGGGGUACCCGGUUGAGCAGCCGGCGAUGGGUGGUUCUAGUUAUUGGGCGCCGGAGAAUCAGGGUUGGAAUCCGUUUGUGUUUGGGUUGCUAGGGGAUGAGAAUUGGAAUAUAGAAUUUUAGGGAUUUGGAUUUCUUGGGAGUAUUGAGGUUGAUUUCACGAAGAUACCAAAUAGAUGUAAAUGACUAAUGAACACUACUCUUGAUAUAUCUAGACAUAAUAUCUGCAAGUUAUUCAGUCUCUGAACAUCGAUGGGCAGUGUUAAUUUGUCGAGGCUUGUAUCACGUUGUAGAAAGCAAUAGGAGCGAGGGGUUGAUCAAAAUUGGUUGGUAUUUCCGUACUCUUUCUGGAGUGUCUCGGAAGAGACAUAUACAACUGUUUCAGUUGUGAAGCAGAACAGUUA